AUGUCUGAGGGAACAUAUAUAGUUAAUGUUUUAGCGCCCAUUCUCUCUGAAUUCUUUGCUAAAAUUAAACAAUAUUGGCGUGCUUCGUAUGGAGAAACUUGUCUAAAGGCAAGUGCAAAGGAUCGUAAUUCCGACAAGGCAGAUGAUGAACGCCGGUCUAACGGAAAAAAAAUAGAUACCAUUAUUUCCUUAAGAAAAGAAGACAGAGUUCUCA